UUACGUGCUCCUGGAAUUCACACAAUUGGGGUGCAGUAAUUUAUUGCUAGAAGCUUGAGGGCUUUACAUGUUGCGUUCGCCAUAAACAGAUCGGUAAUUGAAUUCCUACGAUCGAGAAGCAAGAGAAAAGACGUUAUUAAUUUUAUUUAUCAGUGCACGUCAUUUUGUCAUGUAACCAUCAUAUGGUAGUCACGAGAGGGCCGCGAUGUAGUGCUGUUUUUUUGUGUAUCUAUAAUCUAUCGGAGGAAUAACUGGAUAUGGCCACAGUCGUGGAGAACCCAUCAAAUGACACUUCAAAAAAAGACAAAGUGAUAUUAGCCAAAAAAAGGAGAGAAGAGAGAGAGAAGGUUCAAGAGUCUCGGGUGCAGGAGGUCUGGGAGAAGGAACAGCGGGCCCAGCGCCAGUAUGAACGCUCAAUGGAGGAGCGAGGGAGGCGUCUGGAGGCACAGCGCCAGCGGGAGGAGCAGCGCCGAGUGGCUGUGGAGGAGAAAAGGAGGAGACGUGUGGAGGAAGAGAAGGAACGGCUGGAGGCAUUGAUGCGUCGCUCAGUAGAACGCAGCCCACAGCUGGAGCAGAGGCCCAAGCGCUGGACCUGGGGAGCCUCCGAAGGCGAUCCCAAGAUUGCCCCGCCUUCUCCUGCUACUUCCGCUGUCCUAACCAAUGACCCUGCUGCUCUCACUCCUGCCAGCCAAUCCCAGACCGACUUUAUGAUUCUGUCCGAUUCUCCUGACUCUGACCUGAUCAAGAGCCUCUCUGCAGCCCUCAGCCACACUGCAGAGAGAGGCUCCCCUAGUCUCCACAAGUCCCCCUACAAGGCCUCCAGUGGGCAGGCUGAGCGUGCGAAGACUAGCACAGCAUCCAGCGGUCAACUUGAUGAGAGUCUAAGAGCCAACCCAGCCCCCGAGACACCCCAGACAGAGAAGGCAGGUGGAGAGAGAGGAUUCACUCAUGUCUUUAUCGACUCCACCGUGAAGAGAACCGAAGCUAUUAUCACACCCACCAAGAGUUCCACUGCUCGCAAGAACCAAAGCACACCAAAAAGGUCUAAGUCAUGUAAGAGUCGUAUCCAGUCUCCCUGCUCCCCGGGGCAGUACCCCACAUCCCCCAUGAGACACAGAGCCACCACCCCCAGUGCAGACAACAACAGGAGGUGGGAUGGAGAAGAGAAAGGUGGCGAGAAUAAAGCCUACAGCACUCUGGAGCGGAAGACCUCAAAGACAGAGAAAAUCCCCAAAUCUGUAAGCAAAGAACUUGGCUAUAAUGGAGAGUCCCCAGUGACCCCCACAGGUAAAGCUGGCACCGCGGAUGCUGAGGAGGCCUCCCGGCUGCUGGCUGAGAGACGUCGCCUAGCCAGAGUUCAGAAGGAGCAGGAGGAGAAACAGCGGCUGGAGGAGGAAAGGCUCAGGGCCGAGGAGCUCCAGAGGAGACAGGCGGAGGAGCGGGAAAGGCAGGAGCAGGCCGCCCGUGAGGCUGAGGAGGAGCGGCAGAGGCAAGAGGAGGAGCGUAGGAAGAAGGAGGCAGAUGACAGGCGGCAGAAGGAGAGGCGUUUUAGGGAGCUCCAGGAGCAGCUGGAUAGAGAGAGGGAGGAGGCCUUCCUGAGAGUCCAGAGAGAAGCAGAGCGGAAGCAGAGGGAGAGGGAGCAGCUGAAACUGCAGGAGGAGCAAGAGAGACUGCAGAGGAAGAAGCGCAUUGAGGAGAUCAUGAAAAGGACAAGGAAAACUGACACAGAGCCCAAGAAAUAUGAGGUGCACACCGAGGCCGGCUGCCCCGUGACUCACUUGGUCUCAGCAUCUCUUUUGGGACCUAAAGAUGUUGUUCGGAUUAACAGCCUGCCCGUGCGAGAUUCUGAAAGCUCCACCUUUGCUGAAGUGAAGAACUAUGAGUCCCCAGCAUCUGUCACGACUGACUCACCCAUUAUAAACCCAUUGCCACUUGAACCUAAGGUCAUAGCAGCAGAUGACCUUUCUGAUGGUGUCCAAUCCAUGGAUGUUAGUCCGGUCUCCAGAGAUGAGCUGAUCUCCAUCCAGGAAUACUCUCCUGUUAAUGAGGGCUCCCCGAACAGCAUGAGGAACAGCCAGGCCUUAGGUGGUCUCCUAGAUCUGACCAGUGAUGCCCCAUAUCCCAAGGCCCCUGUCGGCGCGGCACUUGGUGACUGCAACAAAAACCUGAUCCCAGGCUUCAGUAUCGCUGCUGCAGACUCAGCCCUCAUCCAGAGCCUUGGGCCAGCCAUGGACAAGCUUAGCAUCUAGUGCACCAGGAUGCAGUUUUAGGAAGCAGUCCUGGGCUUUCUUGCUGAAGAAUGGAUUAAAGUUGGCCUAAAAAAAAAAAAAGACAGUCUGUUGUGCCUCAGUUUUAGCUCCUUCAAGCUUCUCCAUCAGAACCCUGUCUGCAACCUGAAGACUCUGAACAGCGGAAAACAAGCACAGAACCAUGUCAGAAUGUGGUUGACUAAAAACCCUGACCCUCUUACAUGUAGAAUAAAGCUUUGGCUUUCCUUCAUAGGUAUUGCAUUCCAAAAAUAUUUCACUGUAGUAAUUGCCAGGGAAGGCCGCUGUAAUGUUGCAGUCCUAGGGGUCUUUAUAUUCCCGUCAACACUGUAGUGUUUCAAUGAGUGGUACAAAACUUGAGGUUCAUUUCCAAGUGGGCGCUGUUUGUGUAUUUGCUGAGGGGCAAAAUGACCAGCAAAUUAACUAUGUGUAGCUGUGCUUAGAGUCUAUUUGGUGUAACGUGUCAUAUACCUGGGGUUUGCCAACAGUGAGUUCAUCACUCCACAACUUGCACUUCGCAGUCAAAGCAUUGUUAUAAACUGCUCGAUAUCUAUAUAUCAUGCAACUGUUAUCAGAAAAGAUACCAGAUGCUUUUUUUUUGCAAGACUAAAAUGUCCUCAAAUGUUGUGAAAAGCAAUAGAACUCCAAAUACGUUGCAAAUGUGAUAUCUGAUAAUAGCUGUAUAGGAAAGAAAGAAAAAAGAAAGUUACAUUUUCAUUAUCUUGCUAACAUGCUCAGUGGUUUAAACUCAGUGGUUUGUGUUUGCUAUCCUGCUGUGUCCAUCACGUAGUUCACUCUCUACCACACACUCUAGAAAGUGCAAACUAUGCAGACCAGGCAAACCCCAGUAUCUGUAAAUUUUAAACAAUAUGUAAACAAUUACCCGUUUAAUUCAACAUAAUAAUAAAGCAAUGCUACAACUGUA